CUGAGAGGGAGAUGUGAUAUAAAGGCAGCGGGGCGGCCCCUUCCUCUUCCAUUCGGUUACUUACGUCGACUCUUAGCUUGUCGGGAGAAGUAACAUCAGAGCUUCCAUUUAAUUCCCUUCUCCUGUUUCUUGCCAUUCCUUCUUCGUCAGCAUCAUGCGUGAGUGCAUCUCCAUCCAUGUUGGCCAAGCCGGUGUCCAGAUUGGCAAUGCCUGCUGGGAACUCUACUGUCUUGAACAUGGUAUCCAGCCAGAUGGGCAGAUGCCCAGUGACAAGACCAUUGGAGGAGGAGAUGACUCUUUCAACACAUUCUUCAGUGAGACCGGAGCUGGCAAGCACGUUCCCAGGGCUGUGUUUGUGGAUUUGGAGCCAACUGUGAUUGAUGAAGUACGCACUGGUACCUACCGCCAGCUCUUCCACCCUGAGCAACUGAUCACUGGCAAAGAGGAUGCUGCUAACAACUAUGCCAGGGGGCAUUACACCAUUGGCAAAGAGAUCAUUGACUUGGUCCUUGACAGGAUUCGAAAACUGGCCGACCAGUGCACAGGUCUCCAGGGUUUUCUGGUCUUCCACAGCUUUGGUGGUGGCACUGGCUCCGGUUUUACUUCCUUGCUGAUGGAGCGCCUGUCUGUUGACUAUGGCAAGAAGUCCAAGCUGGAGUUCUCCAUCUACCCGGCUCCCCAAGUAUCCACAGCUGUCGUGGAGCCCUACAAUUCCAUCCUGACCACCCACACCACCCUGGAGCACUCCGACUGUGCCUUCAUGGUAGACAACGAAGCCAUCUAUGACAUUUGCCGACGGAACCUUGACAUCGAGCGCCCCACCUACACCAACCUCAACCGCCUUAUCAGCCAGAUUGUGUCCUCCAUCACAGCUUCCCUGCGAUUUGAUGGUGCCCUGAAUGUAGAUCUGACAGAAUUCCAGACCAACCUGGUGCCCUAUCCCCGAAUCCACUUCCCUCUGGCUACCUAUGCCCCAGUCAUCUCUGCUGAGAAAGCCUACCAUGAGCAGCUUUCUGUAGCAGAGAUCACUAAUGCUUGCUUUGAGCCGGCUAAUCAGAUGGUGAAAUGUGACCCUCGUCACGGUAAAUACAUGGCCUGCUGCCUGUUAUACCGUGGUGAUGUUGUUCCCAAAGAUGUCAAUGCUGCUAUUGCUACCAUCAAGACCAAACGCAGCAUCCAGUUUGUGGACUGGUGCCCCACCGGUUUUAAGGUUGGUAUCAACUACCAGCCCCCUACCGUGGUCCCCGGAGGCGACCUGGCCAAAGUGCAGCGUGCUGUCUGCAUGCUGAGCAACACCACCGCCAUUGCUGAGGCCUGGGCCCGCCUGGACCAUAAGUUUGACCUGAUGUAUGCCAAGCGUGCCUUUGUCCACUGGUACGUCGGGGAAGGGAUGGAAGAAGGGGAGUUCUCAGAGGCUCGGGAGGAUAUGGCUGCUCUGGAGAAGGAUUAUGAAGAAGUGGGUGUGGAUUCUAUUGAAGGAGAGGGUGAAGAGGAAGGAGAGGAAUAUUAGACCUGCUCUGCUACAUCUCUGCUGCAUGGCUCAUCUCCUUUUUUCACUUAACACAUUUAGCUUACUCUAGUUACUUGGGGCAGUGGUACUACAAAGAAGUGCAGCAGACACUAGGAUAUCUUGCCAUUCCACCACAUGAUCAUGUCAAUUUUCCAUGUCUUUGUAAACGUAUCAUCAUGUCUGUGAAAUAAAAAGCUAUAAAACAUU